AUGCCUUUAAAUAGAACUAUUGUUGAUUUCAUCGAGAAAUCACAUCUUAAAACAUCAAAGAUAUCACUGCUCAAUGACUAUCGUAUUGGUAUAGAUGCAAUGCAUUGGUGUCUACCGAAGCUACAACUAAAGGAACCAUUCCAAAUUACAAUGGGUGGUGCUCCUCUCACUUUAUAUAAUGUAAUUCAAUCUGAAUUAGAUAAAUUCAAAAAUGCAAAUAUCAAUCCAUUUUUUGUAUUCUCUGGACUAUCGAUUAUUAAAGACAGAAACAAUCAAUCGACACAAGCACAUCAACGUGCAGGUCGUCUCAGCACUGCUUGGGAAGCAUAUUACAAAGCAUCGUACCAAGCUGCCGAAAAACAAUUCUCUGCUGAAUCAGAGAAAACAUUAUUAUUACAAUUCAUUCCAUCGAUUGUUGCAUUUUUCAGACAGAACAAUAUCGAAUGUUUCAAAGCACCAUUCUGGGCAGCCGCACAACUAGCUCUAUUCUCUGAUCCCACUCAGAAGAACUAUCUCAAUGCCGUUUGGGGUGGAUACGAUCUUUUAUUAUUUGGAGUAUAUCGUCUCAUUGUUGAUAUUGAUUUCGAGAAAGGAGUAUUUGAAUGGGUAGAUUUGAAGAUGGUUUUACAAGAUUUACAUUUGACACACGAUCAAUUUGUUGAUGCCUGUUUAUUGUCUGGAUAUGAGUUUUGUCCGAUUUUCAGAACUUUCCAAAAUAACUUUAAUAACUUGGUGCAUUUCCGUGCCGCUUGCGAUAUGGUCAGACAAUUCCAAUCGGGUAUCGCCGUCAUCCAAGAUCACAGCUAUCUCUUCAACACUGACAAGUACAUGGAAGCAUUCAUGAAAACCAAAUGUCUUCUUCGCAACCACAUGGUCUACUACACCAACUGCAGUUGUGAACCAUUAUAUAAAGAUUUAACAUAUCAAGUUAAACCAAGUGAUUUAAAUUCAAUCUUUGGACCAAGACUUCCAAAUGAUCUCUAUUUCUACCUUUCACAAAGUGUAGUCAGUCCUCAGGUUAUUAAUAAUCUAAUUAGUGGAGUGUUGUUUGAACCGUAUCCAACUGCCGAUUCCGAGGAGUACCGCAGAAUGUUGGAGUAUCUAAAGGAAAUCAGAACAAAUACUCUUGGAUUGUUGUCGUGCACUCUGAACGAGGAAAUCAGUAACAAGUCCAUUAGAAACAUCCGUUGGUUCGAGCCAAAGGAAGAGGAGAUUCAACACUCAAAGAAACUGUCGACCGUCUUUGGCAAGCAGGCAAAACCAUUCAAUCUCACACCAGAGAUGAAGCAAGUCAUUCAAUCACUAAGCGGUUCCACCACUUUCCAAACUGUUGUCAAGUGUUUCGAAAAUGCAGUCGCCGCUGCCGCCGCCGCCACCACCUCAUCAUCAUCAACUCCCUCCACACCAACAACAACCACCACCUCCUCGUCAACACCAACAACAUCAACAACUUCCGCAUCUACUUCACCAUCCAUCGUCAACUCUGAUACUCAUUCAAAUGGUACUCCUAAAGAAAAUAGUCAAACAUUGGUAUUGAUGGGAUAUAUCCAAGAUGGAAAGCUUACAGUUUUUGGUAAAUUGUUGGCCAACAUUAAGAAUUCCAAGUUUUUGGAGGAGAUUAUUUUGGUUAUUGAGUUGAUCAGAUCACAAUGUAUCACCUCUGAUAAAUUGAAUUUCCAUCCAAAACCAACUUUUGAAGGUCCAGCUACCAACGCAUCCGCCGCAUUACUCUCAAGAAUACUUAGUAUUUUACCUUCUACCUUGGAUAAUACACCAUGGGGAGGACCAAUCGAUCAUGACUUGAUGGCAUUCCAUGAGAUCUCUAGAACUCUCUACAAAUCGAUUAGAAAUCUUGUUGAGAUUUCCGCUCUUUCCAAUUUCCUUACACACAAGAUCGUUUUGGAGCCAUCAGAGUACUCUAGCUUCUCGAAUAACCUGCCGUUCUUUGUCCAACCAAAUGCCAGUAUGGGAUUGAUGGCCAAGGGUAUGAUCCUUGAGGAUUUGUUGAUCGAAGACAUGGAGUCGAUCUUCCCCAACUGUAUCUCCAUCGAGAAGGAUCUCGAGAGAGCCACUGACUUCCUCAAUGAAGUCAUGCAAAUUGUAAAGACACUCCACACCGAAUCACUCGUACAACAAUCACUCUACGACAAUUUUGUCGAAGCAGAGUCCAUUUGGAAUAGAAUCAGAAAAGAUCAAAUUGAAGACCUUGAAGAAACCAGACAACAACAACAACAACAAUAA